CUCUGGCCGGCCAAAGAAGAAAUAUCGUGUGCAACUUUGACAAAGCACUCUUUUGUCACCACAUCGAGAAGAAUUAGAAGCUAAUCCUCGGACCCGCAUUUAUGUUUCGAAUCGGCACAACCUUGGGGAAAAUUGCUGGAAAUGGCGGAGCGGCUCAAUGGCGCAAAUGCGCUGCCAUGCUGUCCAACUCAUUUUCAACUACGUUGUCGGAUCUAGUGUCGACCGACAUUGAUAUCGAGACGGGUGUCGCAGUAAUAACGAUGAACUACAUGCCUGUCAACUCACUUUCACUAGAAAUGUUUCAAGCGCUCUCCGCUUCCAUCAAAUCCAUUGAGCAGGACGAACGACUUCAAGCUCUCGUACUUCAGUCGGGAAACCCUUCUAUAUUUUCGGCUGGCUUAGAUCUUCGCGAAAUGGCGGACCCCGACCCAGAUCGACUCAACGCCUUUUGGACGUCUUUUCAGCAACUGUACUUGGAUUUGUACGGUAGCCGAUUGGCCAGUAUCGCGGCGAUUGAAGGGCACGCUCCAGCUGCUGGCUGCAUGCUUGCCCUGUCCUGUGAUUAUAGAAUCAUGUCGGAGACUGAAGACAAACAUGCGCCAACUAUUGGGCUAAACGAAACGCAAUUUGGGAUUGUUGCUCCUCCUUUCUUAGCGCAACAACUUAUUGACACGAUUGGACGUCGUCCGGCAGAGCUGUCGCUGUCCCUCGGCACGUUGUACAGUCCUGAUGAUGCCAUGGCCAUUGGAUUGGUGGAUGAAGUUGUGUCCAGGGACGUAGUUCGACAGAGAGCACAAGAGACUGCUUCUCAGUGGGCCAGGAUUCCAUCCGUGGCCCGUGUUGCUAGUAAGAUGCUCAUUCGCCAAGAUGCCAUAGCCAGCCUCAAACAGAACCGAGAAAAAGAUUUGGAACAGUUUGUCAGCUUCUGUCUAGAUGAGCGAACGCAAAAGAAUCUGCAGGCUUAUCUGGUCAAACUUACCAGUAGAAAGAAAAAAUGAUGUUGCCUGAAGGCGUAAUGGCGAGGGUUAGCUCAAUAAACAUGAAAAUCCUAUCUAAAGUCU